AUGGCAUCUUCUUUAUGGGAACCCCAGUCACGGGAUUGCAGAGCAGAUGAUUCCCGCAAAGUGCAAGUCACUAUUUUGGCUUCUGAAUGGGGAUCAAGCAAAGGGGGACUUUCCACGAUAAACAGAGAGUUAGCCAUUCAGUUGGCCAAAUUCCCUGAAGUGGAAAUCACUUUCUUUUUACCUCAAUGCAGUCAAGAGGACAAGAAGGUAGCCAUGAAGCAUAAUGUAAAGAUCAUUGAGGCAACACCACUGCCUGGCUUUGAGCAACUGGACUGGCUUUGCUCUCCACCUGAAGAUUUGCAAAUCGACGUUAUCAUAGGUCAUGGAGUUAAACUCGGUAAACAGGUUCAAAUCAUUAAAAGAUCUAAAAGGUGCAAAUGGGUUCAAGUGGUGCACACAGAUCCAGAGGAACUUGGAAUGUUCAAGAACUAUUCAGAUCCAAUUUCAAAAGGCGAGGAAAAGCACAAAAUGGAAGUAAAACUGUGUGAAAUGGCGGAUCAUGUUGUUGGAGUUGGUCCCAAGUUGAGUGAAGCCUUUCGCUCCUAUCUUCGCGGCUGUCAAAAAGAUGACAAUGUUGUUGACUUCACUCCGGGAGUAUUCGUAGAGUUUGCAACUGUGAAGCAGGCUCCUAGUGAAAGGCAACAACGCAGUGUCUUGGUGUUUGGUCGUGGAGACAUAGAGGAUUUCAAAUUGAAAGGAUUUGACAUCGCUGGGAAAGCAGUUGCUGGGUUAGAAGAUACUCGUCUUGUCUUUGUUGGAGCUCCAGAUGGAAAACACGAAGAAAUAGCAAAACGGUUGACUGAAUGUGGGGUCCCUGCAAGUCGCUUGAGAGUAAGAGGAUUUGUUGAAGAUCGAGAGAGUCUAAGGCGCUUGUUUCAAGAAGUGGAUCUUGUUGUCAUGCCUUCAAGAACAGAGGGCUUUGGAUUGACAGGACUGGAGGCCUUGUCAGCUGGUCUCCCUGUGCUCGUCAGCCACAACUCCGGUUUUGGAAAAGCUUUACACAGUGUACCUUUUGGAUCAACAUCUGUAGUGAACUCAGAGGAACCAGCAGAUUGGACCUCUGCUAUCAAAACAAUCUUGGGCAAGGACAGGAGAAGUCGGCUUGAGGAAGCAGAAACCUUGCGCGAAUCCUAUGGCAAGAAAUACAACUGGGCCAAACAGAUAAAAGAUCUCAUUGACAUGAUGAUCAUUUGGGUGUAUGGUAUGGAUGCCAAUUUUCUUUUUAUGAAAAAAAGUAUUCUUAACACAUUGCACAAGGAAUAAUAGGAUGUGGACUCUAAUAAGAAUUGAAAAUACAGUGAAACUUGUACUAAGCGGACACCCUCUAUUAAGCAGACACUAGCCGAAGUCCCCAAAUCUAUUUCCCUUAUUUACUUUAAAUAAAACCUUUAUUAAGCGGACACCUCUAUUAAGCGGACCCGGAUACCUAAAAAGUACCUGAAAUGGUCAUUUCUAUUGUUGCCAACCUGUAUUAAACGGAUACUUGUAAUUAAAUUCCACCACCCAACAUGCCAGACACUGGAAAUGCUAAAGUUUGCUUUGUAUUGUCACCCACAAAUUUUUCGAUUUUUACAUUAAACAACGUGACUUGACAAACUUAUUUGAUUAGUUUCCUAGUGCAGUAUUGUUUUCUAUUUCGUUUUGUUUGUAUAGAGCUUUUUUCACUCAUCUGAUUUCUUCAAAUUUGAGUUGCAAUCUGUGUUUAAGGUACUAUGAUCAAUUGGCCCAAACGUACAUCGUCAUAGUCUCUGGGAGUAUUCUAAACGUUUCCUUUGUUCAUUUGAAUGGCAUUUGACACCUCAUAUGUCGUUAUCUAUUGAAACCUGUAUUAGGCGGACACCCUGUAUUAAGCGGACACUACAGCUUUCCCCGAGGGUGUCCGCUUAAUACAGGUUUCACUGUUAACAAACAAAACCAAAUUUGAGUAAUAUUUGCUGCCUUUUUGGCUGAGACCAUGAAAAAAGGCGAUUACUAAGUUUUAUGUUACAUGUAAGCAAACAAAGUAAAGUAAUAUCGACCCAAACCAUCUAUCGUAUGCUUUAUUUCUAGUUCACUGGCUUAUGGGAUUAUUCCAUACAUCAUCUGCAUUUACCAAAACAGCCUGCUGUUAUCUACUCUUUUUUAUCAACAGAUGAUUCUUUAGAUUACCAGAGCUCUUCAGAAACAAAAGGCAGAAUUUUUCCAUUCAGUGAUAGAGCUUUUCAGCUAACGGAAGGGACAACUGUAGACCCUGAAGGUAUCCCUGAUGACUUAAUAAUAAUAAGCUUCUUGAAUGCCGUUGCUGAUCAAAAGUGUAAGAUUUGUUCAUUAAAAUUGUUAACAUCAUUUGAAUCUGUCUUGGCUGAUGCAAUUGUGGAUGAACGAUAGCUACAGUCAGGGACACAAGUAGUUGACACAACAAUACAAUAAAAAUAUUUAAUAUUUUUAUUGUAUUGUUGCAAAAUAAACAUGCUACACUUGCUGAAAGUGGUGAGAAUUUAAUAAGCGCCCAGCCUCGAAUAAGCGCCCACUCUCAAGGUCCAAAAAUUUAAUAAGCGCCCAGGUCGGUUAAUCGAAUAAAUACGGUAUUAGGGAGCUCAAGAGAAGACUUUUUUGAUCAGCGCUGCAUUUCAACUUGAUGUGAGGCCUUUCCCAUUUAACAUGCCUUGAAGCUACCAAAAGUGUAUUACUAAGUGUCUAUACUCUUAUUGAGACAGUUUGCUGCAAAAUAUUUUGGGCAUAACAGCUGCCCAAGAUGCAAUAUGUUCACUUCCAUUUGACCCCAUUGUGUUGUAUGUGAAACACUGCUUAAGCAGAACACAAGAUACUAACCAGUCUGCACUGCGCUCUGCAAAAUCAAUCAACGAGCUAACUGAGAACUAUGGAUAAAGCAAGUAAUAUUAUUAAAAUCUUGCUAAUUCUCUUAUCAUAAAAAAACUACUUGAUGUCAAUUUCAGAGGAUUAUUUUAAAUUAAUCACUGCAAUAGGAUCCCAAAAAUUAUCAAUAUCCAUGACCACUACACCCCUACAAAACAAUGGAAAAUGUGAUUAUAACUACCUGUUUUGUUUUGUUUUUUUUUUCAGCUUGGAAUGUUUUUCCAUCUUUAGAAAAUUUACAAUGUGAUGCAGAGCAGGUUAGCAAAAAAAACAACCUACCAUCUGAUCUGAGAACUAUCGCUGCCAACAAAGGAUUCUUUGUUUCUGAUAACCAAGCAUCCGGGAACUGUUUGUUCCAUGCGUUAUCAGAACAAUUACAAAGUGUCAAAGGAAUUCGAAUCUCACACAAAGAGCUAAGAAAAACCUUGGUUCAGUUCCUUGAUGAGAACCCUAAUCUGGUAGGUUGAUAACUAGCCUAACUAACGGGCCUUCCGUGUCUGUUUGGCGGAUUCCUCCCAUGUGAUAAUCAUUUGAUAAUAAUAAUAUUAAAUUAAUCAGUAAUAAUCAUCAUCAAUUAUAAUCAUUUCCCUUAACUCAGUUCGACGAUUCUUUGCUAAACUAAAUUGGAUAAAAGCAGGGAUUGAACAUAACAAAAAAGAACUGUAGUAUUAUGGGAUCAAGACAAGGCUCUCUCGAUCUUCUUUGAAAUCACACACCUCUUCAUAUUUAGUCUGAAAUACUUAAGCGUUGAAAGCGAAACUUGCAGGGUAAUAACAACCAAAAACAACCAUUUUAGGUCACUUGUCUUGGUCUCAUCACACAAAUUAUGCAUCAUCAGUGUUCUCCCUAAAUUUUAGCUCGGCAGGUAAGGGACCAUUUAUGGACGGUAAGGCAAAAAAUAUAUACUUUUCUAAGAGGGGGGAGGGGGGAGAGUGGAGUGAGGGACAUGGACCCGCCCUCACUGGGAAAUUUUUCAUUCCCAUAUUUUAAGACCUAUUUUACGCAAAUCUGCUGUCGAUAUCGUUAGACAACAAAUUAAAACAUUUGAUUCCAAUAAUUUUACUAUGUCUUUAAUGUUCUCUUUCCAAAAUGCAUGUCCCUAAAAAGGAAAACUGUAUACACAGUACAGAACCAAAAUUAUGCACGCGCAAAAAGUGGCGUAAGAAGUUGCUGCGCCGCAAGAACAUGCAAGCCACCGCAAGAAGUGAAAGUGCCGUGUUUUUGCAGACCCUUUGUGGUUUACCCGCAAGAACUUUGAAACGAAAGAAGUCAAAAAUCUUCACCGCAAGAAGCUAGAAAGUUACCGCAAGCCUCAAGAAGGCGCAUGAAGUUCUUUAAGUGUCAACGUGAAAGAAAUUUAUGGUGUUUGUCGCCUUUUUGUUACAACACCCUUUUUGUUGCGUUGAUACUAAUUCACUCUGUGGCAGCAAAAGGUAAUCAUGCAAGGACACAGGUAAAAAGUUGCCUGAGAAAGCGAACAGCUUUCUCUGCUUUUUCUGCAAAGUGAACACUUCAAUCGUUCAGCUUUUCCAAAGUUAGAUAAAGCGUGUGAGGCGUUUGUUUAACAAAACGAUCUGUAGUUUCGAACAUUUCGAUCAUUUGGAUCAUUUCAUAGUACAAUACCAUAGUCUCGGCAAAACAAACCAAAGGCAUUGAAUUUCUGCCGCAAGGAAACAUGGGAAUAAUUUAUUACUUUAUUGUGCUAAUUUGAAAGAGCCUUUAGUGAAAAUAUUCCUUACUUUACUUUAGCAUGUUUUUUUUUCCCAAGAGCGCUUUAAGUUGACACAGUUGCACGUGCGGUCUCAAAUUACAUGGCUCUUUUGCAAAACAUACUACGAUCGUUCCUUAUUUUUGAAGCACUGCUUUUUUUUAUCAAAAUUGUACACAUUUCCUCGCUUAAAAGGUUACCUUUGCACAAGAUAAUUUUAUAUGUAUCGUUUCAAAAUUCACCGAUCAUGAAACAUGAAAGUAUUUUUAGUUUAUCUUUUUUGUUUUCUCUUGUUAUCUAUACAUCACUGUCAUUAUAAAGCAGCAAGAACGAAACAGUUUUAGGGUUUUGAAUGUUCAAAACUAUGUGCCUAAAGUAUAUUAGUGAUCCGCUGACAAAUACAGAAAGCGGCACAGCUAUUUUAUUGUCAUGAUAAAUUUUCACUUGUCUACGGCAAUUUUACCGCACUGAAAGAAGUUGUUGCGCUGCGGUUCGAAAAUCCCACAGCAAAGAAAUUCUUGUGGUUAAAUUUAUAACCGCAAAAAAGUUCUUGCGUCUUGCUGGAUUCAAGCGCAAGCGCCCUGCAAAAAGCCGCACGAAGUUUCCAGCUUGUGGACGCAAAAAGAAGUUCCUGCACGCGCAUUAUUUUUUGGGCUGUAGGUUUUGUACUUAGGUAGCUAUACUUUUCCAUGUGUUCAUUCAUUUUCUUGUGAGGAUCGGAUCGGAUCACAACUUGGGUAAACCUUUGAGCAGUUGCAGGCAGUAAGAAGUGUUGCUUCAGGCAGUAAAUUUUACCGGUUACCGCCUGAUAAGGAGAACACUGCAUCAUGACUUGAAAUAGCCGCCUUCUGUUGCCAUCUAAGGUUACAGGUGACCUUAACAGUUAACAGUAUCAUUUCCCUCCUAAUUUGGGGAGAAUCAAAAUAAUUCAUUAACAGGGCUGCCUCAAGGCGGGCCCAGUUUAUAAAAUACCUUUCAUUUUCUCCCCAAGGGGUAUUUCUGGGAAGUUGUAGUGGGGGUGUGCUGUCCAACUCUCCAAAUCUUGGCACUAUUUCAGAGCAACAGCUAUAAGGGAGUACCUCCCUGGGAUUUUCUACGUCGAAAAAUGUAGACUAUCGAUUAUUAACUUAGUAAUAGCAAAGCAUGUUAAGUGAAGGCAGCCACAUCCUCGGAGACCCAGGGGCAGCUAGUCGGGACAAUAGAAUGUCUGUGGUGAAAGUUUACUAUAAGAUCGAGAGGAGCCCCUGGGCACUUACUCUUACUGAACCAGUUCCAGAAGCUUUUGAACUGCCUGCUUCUGAUUGGCCAGAAAAAUUUUUUUGGCCAAUCAGCGAAGAGGAGCAGCCGGGUGACUGUGGUGUUUUCUUACAUGAUGUAGGUUUCUUAUUGAUCACCAUUGUUGCAUAGUGUGUUCAACUGAGAAAGUUGAUGGAGGGAAGUUCCAGAAAAAAACUGUUAACAAAGCCGGAAAAGUUUCAGAAGUUGUGCAAACAAACAUGGAGAUCUAAAAUGUAAGCUUGGAGUUGUAUACUAGGCAAUGUCUGCAAAGGUGUGGAAAGUGAAAGUCAUUAAUCACGUAUCAACAAUAAAAAUUUAUGAUACCUUCGACAGAUCCACCGUAAAAAUUCAUCGGAGAUUGUUGUUUCUUGUAGCUGUACUAGUUAAAGCUUGCAAUUUUACCGGCUUCUUAAACAUUUUGUUGUGAAGCUUUCCUCAAUAAACUUUUCCUUUUGAGCACCGUACGCAACUAUGGCGAUCAAUGAGGAAACCUACGUCAUGUAAGAAAACACCAGAGACACCCAGCUGCUCCUCUUUGCUGAUUGGCCAGAAAAAUUUUUUCCUGCCCAGUCAGGGGCAGGCAAUUCAAAUGCUUCUGGAACUGGUUCUGUGAGAGUAAGUGCCCAGGGGUCUUCUCGAUCUUAUAUAGUAAAUUUUCACCAGAAACAUUCUAGCUUGCAUAGCAAGUGUUUCUGCGUGAGUUCGUCGAGAAAGUUGGGACAAGAGCAAAAAAAGAAAUGACAGGGAAGGGGAAGGGGAGAGAAGGAAACGCUUGCCCACAAACCCCAGGAUUUUGGAAAACUGCGUUCUCCCACAAACGCAGCUUCUGAUUGGUGCAGUGCUCAUAGUCUUGAUUAAAUAGCUAUCAAUACAUGAAACCAGAUACGUUAAAUCCACGAAGAGAGAUUAGCAUGAGAUAUGAGAUAUAUAUGAUAUAUGAGAUAUGAGAUAUAUGUAUAUAUAUAUGAUAUAUAACAAAGCUUUUCUACUCAAUUUUGUUUCAUAUGGACUUGAAUACAAUACUGUUUUGUAGGCCAAGGAAGCAGUGACCCACUCAUCAGUUAAAUUCUAUACAGCUAUUUUAAGAAAGGUUGUCAGAAAGAGUGCACGCGACAAUCCCGAAAGGUAUUUUGGAUGGUGUUUAGAAAGAAAUUUGAAAGAAUGGCACGAGAUGCAAUGGAUGUAGGUUGGCAACUGUUAAAGGAAAGCAACAAAGGUAGAUUCGACAGCCACAGUGUCAUGAACGGUGUAUUGAUUAUAUCCCAUAUUACCUUUUGAGAUUGUCAGGUGCACAUUGUUUCCGACAACCUUUCUCGAAAGAGCUGUAUACACUGAUGUAACCUGUGUAGUAUCGAGAAAUUCUAUAUGCUAUUUAAACCGGACAUGCAUGGCAACUCUUAACAAGCAUAACGAACUUAUAUCAACUUGUAGGCACAAGCGGAAGUUCCUCCUUAAAUAUAAUUCAAUCGCAUCCUUAACGACCAAUCAUAAGUUUACAUAGAUAUACUGUUGUACAUUUGAAUAUUGUAACGGCUUAGAUCAUGUUGCUGAUGUAUAUAUAUAAACUCUAACGAUGCUUCAGUGUAUAUGGAAUUUAACUGAUGAGUGUGUCAACGCUUCAUUGACCUACGAAACAGUAUUGUAUUAAAGUCCAUAAUUGAAACAAAAUUGAGUAGAAAAGCUUUGUUACUACCGCUCCAUAUUAUAUAAUUGUUGAGCACUAUCCUGAAUUUAGCAGUGUGGAACUCACCUGUAGUUAUAUGAUAUGUACAUAUAUAAGAUAUGAGAUAUAUAUGAGAUAUACAUGAGAUAUGAGAUACUGCUUUGAGAUAUAUAAACAAAAUGAACUACAAGGUAUAUAUAUAUUCACUUGGACAGUUUGAAAGGCUUCAGACAAAAACAAAACUUGAAUUUUAAUUUGCUUUGUUAGUUUUAAGAUCGAGAAUUGAGAAACGUACUGCUCAGUCAUGUUAUACUGUCACACUAUAUUUUGGGGGGCAGAGGGAUUGAGGGAGGGGUGCUAAACCGUUCCUGCUUAGAGUGGCUAACUUGCUUAUUUUUAUUGUUAAUGGUGGAAUUCAAAAGUUACUAUACGGCCCCAACAAAAAAUGGUACUCAUUUUUCUUGUUACGAAAGUCUUCCAAAAGGGUACAGUGUUCAAAUGAGUUUAUGUUUCACUCGCAGGCAAUGGUCAGUGACAAGCACCCCCAACCACCCCCUCCCCUUAAAAAAGGUCACUCCUUGGCAGCCCAGUUAAAAUCGCCUUUUUGGCGAUUCUUGUUUUAUUUGAAAUUUGCCUCCCAGCAAACCCUUGUGCCUUCAAGAAAUUAGCAAUUAAUGAAUGAGGCUGAAUAAGAUAUGAAGAAUUAAGCAGAUCGAGGAGGGUUUUAUCCACCGAGGCUGAAGGCUGAGAUCGCCCUCCAAGUUGUCUUCUUGCUGUUUUUGACAUGUUUUUAGCUAUUACUUCGCCUAGUUCCAGCUGUAGACUUUCUUACUCUUGAAAUGAGUGAAAUGUCCGCCUUUUUUUUUUCACAACCAAAACAACUCAACCAGUGGUCCCCAGGUAUUCUCAGUUAACAGUGCAUUAACCUGCAGUGGGCUGCAUUUUUGACGUCAUUUCCUCAUUAAACACAAAAUUCUUCCAAAUUUGGUCAUCAUUAACUGGUUAUGGUGAAAUAUGCAUGUGCUUUUAGCCAAUCAGAAUUGGGAAAAUAUUUUGAAUGAAUAAUAAGUGGUUUUAAAGCCUACCCUAGCCAACCACUCACUUUUAAAUAAACUUUAAAUAAUCUUUCUAGCAGAUUAAAAUCACUCCACAUCUAUGCAGCCUAGUAGAAAAAAAUGAAAUUCACUUGCUUCAUUGUUUUUGUUUUUUAGCACGAAGGAACAUCUCUGUUUAACUUUGUCUCUGGAUACCCAUCUUGGCGUGAAUACUUACAAAGCAUGGCGAAAGACGGUACUUGGGGCGAUCAUGUGGUUUUGUUUGCUGCAGCAAAUCACUUUCAAACUUCCAUCCGUAUUAUCAGCAGUCUCGACCGUGAGAUAGUUGUCCAGCCAGAUCACGCACUUACCAACACCACCCCCCUUGUGUUGGGGCACAUUCACGAGUUACACUAUGUCAGCCUUCAGCCCAGACAAGGUAAAACAUUCUUUCUAUUCACAAAGAUCCUUUUUUUCUUUUUUUGGACCUGCGGAAUUAUGUUUGCGGAAUUUAUAUACAUAUAUCAGUAGCAGAGGACAUUGCAAGAUGAUGAUGAUACUAUAAAUGUCUCUAUGAGAAUAAAGUUUACUUUUUUUCUAAACAAUAAGUUGUCCCUGCUUAAUCUGAAUAUACUAGUUGUAUAAGAUGUUAUUCCAUUGGAUAUUGUAAACUUCUACUAAUUUACCUCUACUGUAAUAAAAAAUUGCAGAGAUACUAGAGAACUCUUGCACUAGCCUGAUUCCUUUAUGGUCUGGAGGUCACUCGCUCAAACGCCAUUAGCUCGUUAGCUAAAAUGUUAUGUUCCCGACUAUUGUACAAUGAAUAAUUAGAACAUUAGUGUUGUUAUUUCUGAAUAAUUUAUAUAACUGAUCACUGUGAAGAAUAACAGUAGUUUAUUGUGUAAAUAAAUAGAGUGGUGAUGCAAUUUUGACCCAAACGCCUUGAAGUCUAGCCUGCGCCACAGACAAAACUAAACUCUGGUUAAGUCCAUCUGCGAAACAGCGCUGAAUUCCUUGUUCCUGACCCCCAGCUGUGUACGUACCAGGAUUUGAGUACGAGCCAUGAUUGGCUCGUUAAAAAUGCCAUUGUUAAUUAAUGCCAAAUAAAUAAGAUGAAAGGAAUUUCGAAAACAUUCUUCUGGUAAUUCGUUGAGUCCCUUGGGAGCCAGAAUAAGGAUAUUGGCGCUGCUUCACAGACAUUACUAACUGAAGUUAAAUUAGGUCUGUGAUGCAGACUGCUUGAAGUCAUUUUAGUAUAUCGAACAUCCAUGGGCUAUUCGCAAAUCUGAGCUCAAAUCUGUCGCAUAACAUGAUCAUCCAAUCAAAUUUUACGGUUCGUUAGGAAAAAUCACACAUAUAAUUUAAUGUAUGACUCAGUGGUUUAGACUUGAUGAAGCAUCAGUUGCAAAUUUAUCAACUUAAUUCUUAUGUUUGAAUUAUUUUGACCAAAAAAAUAAAAGUUAAAAUUCCAUAUGUGCUUAUUUAAAGCCCAAAACCUGCCAAGACACUAGGGUGUUUCCUGUAGUACUUGCUGUAAAAUUCAGUCUGAAUCCUGAUCUGCGAUCAAAAACUUCCUUAAAAAUUAAAUUCACAAGCAUAUUUGUGGAUGGUUAAUGCUCCUACUGAAGCCACAUUUUACACUUGUAGCCAUUGACAAACUAUUUUUUUUGUGGUCAUGACAACUGUGUUACUUAUCAUAGUUGCUUUGGAUUUUUCUUUUUUUUGCUAAUAAAUAUUUAAAAAUUAAUUUAAUUUUCCAGUUUGUGUGAAGCCAUUUCAACUUACUGUCAUGCAAGCAACAAAGAGAUGGGGAGAUGUGACUGAAGACUCAGAUGAAGAAGUUAAUUUCUAUGGUAAGAAAAUAAGCCCUCCUUUACAUGAAAAUAAAAGUGAAAAUGUGAUAACUCACUGUACAAUGUAAGGCUAUUGCAACCUUGGUCAUAAUUGCUGUGAUGUUGGACACUAGUGAAAACAUUUGGCUGAACCCAUCCCUCCUCACAAAAGAACCCAGUCAUUUUUAAGAACCCACUGAUUUUUAAGCAAGUGAAGUGUAGUCCUUCAAAAAAAACUUUUGCAUGAUUGUGGACCAACCUUAAGAGAACCUUUUGUUAGGGGCUUAAUUUACGUGGAGGCAGAAAGAUUAUAGAACUACUCAGAUCUUAGAAGGGGGAACAACUUGUCAUUUGGUUAAUACGUGCUGGGACGUGGUCAAGUUAACUGUUAACUGCCUUUUAACCCUUUAAGCCCCAGUAUCAACAUACAUAUUCUCCAAAAUGAUCUCCAUACAUUUCCUUACGGAAUUAGUUGAGAGAAUAUGAUAAUAGAUCAAGGCAUUUUCUCUUGGGUGAUCAUUUUAUUUAUUCUCUUAACGUAUCUCUUGACAGUGUAUGGAUAUUGUUAGGAGAAAAUUGAUCUUGGUCACUAUUGGGACUUAAAGGGUUAACACAGAGGCUCCUUUUGGCUAAAUCUGGCUGAGUUUCUUUUUACUCAUUUUACUGUGAGGCUGAAAAAUGUGAAGCCCAUCUUCCUUCAACUUGUAAUCUUUCACUACAUUCAAAUUAAUUGAUGCUGUUGCAUUAGUACUUGCUGCUUUUCUCUUCGAUCUGUAUCUCUGAUUUGGGCCACAUAUAUUUUUUAACAAAACCGGUACCAAAUGUUACACCCUCAAUCAGAAACUACCAAAAUAAUCCUUAAAAGAUGACAGACUGAAAACUGUCCUGAACUUUCAGUUAGCACAGAAAUAUUCAAAAAUUCAAAUACUCAUGCCAUAAAUUCCACCUCUGAUGAUUAAAAAAUACUGUGGUUUUGCCAAUUUGUACAAUGAAGGCCAAGUUUUACUGAAACUUUGGGAUUUUUAACAUUUAAAUUUUAUGUACUGUUUAAAAAAACAAGCAGGAGUGUAUUACAUGACUGCAAGUUUUUUGAACAGCUUCAAAAUCUCUGAUAUAGAUCAACUCAACUGUCUUUGCAACCUGCCAUUAGCACUCCAUAAUGUUGUAAAUAUUAUAUAUCAUUUUAUUGAUUUCAAUUUUUAUUAUCAUUAAUUUUAAUUAUUUCUUUUUCAUGCACUCAUUAGGAUCUAAGAUAAUAAGAAUUUCAGAAGAUUCAACAAGCAGAUCAGAGGACAGUGAUGGCAAUACACCCCAGCUUACUACUGAUUUUCCAGAGGAUACAACUGGAAGAUCAGAUGGAAGUGAUGCUUCUGUACCACAGCUUACUGGCAGUCUCCCUUCUUAUGUAAACAAUACUGCAAGCAAUGCAAAGAAGCCAAUUACAGGCCCUCCUGAGCUUAAUAAAGUUCUUCCAUCUUCGCGUGACAUUAGCACAAUAACCAAACCUUCAAACGAAGCUGAUCUCCCUGUUGAUGUGUUGUUACUGACAGUAAAGGAUUGUGAGUUUUUAGCUUGUUACAGUGAGCUAAAAAACCCCUAUAGAUGUUAUUUUGAUGGUCUUGGAUAUGUUUACUUUUCUGAUGUGGAUAGAAGGCAAGAGAAAGUUAAAGUCGCAUUAUUAAAAUGUUAUGAAAAUAGUAGUGGUCCUGGUGGUUCUCUUGUCUCUGUUAUGAAGGCAGCCACUGUGCUCAGACCUAAAGCAGUUGUAUCUGUUGGUACGUGUAGCAGUCUUCACCCUGAGAAAUGCAAGUUAGGAGAUGUUGUUGUGCCUGCCAAAAUAGCAACAUAUGCUCCCAAAGAAGUGAUGAAUAAUCAAGAACAGUCAACUGGCUUGAGAAAUUGUGUGAGCAAACGUUUUCUGGACGUCAUUAAGAACUGUAAAGAUGGCUGGCAAGCACCUUUGAAGAACCAGUCUGAUGCUCAGCAAGUUCAAGUUCAUACUGCUGCAGAGUUUCUGAGUGGACCAGAAAAAGUCAAUUCUGGGCAGCGGCGUGAUCAACUUGCUGAAACCAAUCCUCAGGCAAUAGCAAUGGAAAAUGAAGGAGAAGGUAGGCCAACUGCUUUUUUGCAGCCAGUCUUUAUAAGUAAAGGUGCACACAGUUAGUUCAAGUUUUGCUUGAGGAGGUGGAAAGAAACACAGUAGCGUGCAUCAUACUUGUACUGGGAAAGCAAAAAUUGUGUUUCCUUUAAAGCGUCAAAAGGUCGGUAGUUUGGCACUUUAAAUCAUGUCUGCUAGUUUCAUUGGGAAAUCCUCUCGUUUCUGCCAGAGAAAUAAUUGUCAUAUUGCCUAAAACAUUAUGUGGCUAAAUCAAAUUUAGCCUAAGUUUAACUCUUGACAUGGCUGGCCAGUUAAGUUAGUCUUUCAAAUGAGAAGGCUCUUCAGGGACCCUGGGGAAUUCACAGCUUCUCUGUUGAGGUCAAUUGUUCUGCUCCUUACCCAGCCUUCCUUUUGGUAAGUACAGUGGAACCCCGUUAACACUGUCACUAAUGGGUCAAAACAAUUUGGCCACGUCAACGGGGUGGCUGUAUCACAAGGGCAGGGUCAAACUUCAUGACUUGAGGACUGUAAUGACAAGCACAUCAUACAUCGCUGUCGCACUUCUUGUACAACUCUGUUCUCUUAAGUAAAUAACAGGAAUGUAGAUAUCACACACCAUAGUUGUAAAAACUACUUGAAACUCCUUUAGGACAUAAAACAGUUUUUAAAAAUCGGCUAUUAGACCACCACAAAAUACAUUGUAAGUGACUAUAGUUUAAAAAUAGUAGAAAAACAAGCUCAGCUUAAUUACUAGGUCAAUGAAAUUGACAUGUUACAGUCAUUAAUCAGUUUCAAAAUUUCUGACAAGUGGCCGUUUCAGUGGGGUGAAAUAUUUUAUUGUAAAAGAUGCUACUGUUUGGGAUUUUAAAAUAUGGCAAUUGGCCACAUCAAUGGGUGACUGUGUUAACAAGGUUUUUUCAUUAGAAAAUGUAUGGCCAUUUUGCCAGGCCAAAAAUAACAAGGUGACUGUAUUACUAAGCUGGCCACUUAAUAAAAGCUCCACUGGUUAGCUGUCAAAUGGUGCCUGAAUUAUUGCCACUCGAAGGGUUGUCAUGGUUAUGAGCAGCUGCACUCGACUGCAGUUUCCUGGCUCUACAAGCCUUGCAAGCACCUCCACCCACACUCAUCUUUGUUGAUAAAUUUAAAUUACACUAUUAUGAAACUUAUACGAAAAUGGCUGCCAACAUCUCCCACUGUCUCGUCAAGUUUCUUAUUUUGGUGAUGAAGACACUUAAAUGAAACAGGACUUUUCUCAAAACUCAUGUACUGUUUGUUUUGUUGUUCUACAGGCGUAUUUACAGCAGCAUUUGGUUGUCAAAUUGAGUGGUUAAUUGUGAAAGGAAUAGCUGACUAUGCAGAUGGUUCUCAUUUAGCUUCAGAGAGUUGGUCUUCCUGUGCCAGUGUGAUGGCAACAUCUCUUGUUGCACACAUGUUGAAUGAACCCCGUGUUUUCCAUUCCUGGCCUCAUUAUCAAGGUAAUCAU